GAGAGAGAGAGAGAGAGAGAGAGAGAGAGAUGGUUGAGAGAGAGAGGAUUGGCAGAGAGAGUGAGGAGGAGUCAGGAUAGAGAGGAGAGAGAGAGAGAGAGGGUGGGGCGUGAUAGAGAAAGGGAGAGAAGAGAGCGAGAAAGAAUGAGCGUGAUAGAAUGUGCUAAAGAUUUUAGAUGUUGUGAAAAUGGGGUGUUUUUACACUAA